UUUCUGCCGUUGUGCCACUGUGCAGUGUUUUGUGUGUGCGAGUGUGUGUGUUUUUGUGUGUGCAAAUGUCGCACGGAAUUAUGACGCAUGCUAUUAAAAGUGCAAGCCGCAUAUUGAAGAAAGAUCUGAGAAAUUGUGCAACAAAUCGGGCAAAACGAGUUGCAAAAGAAAAACGCCUGCCUAAAGAUGGCAAGCAAUUCAAGCAGUAGGCACAGCAGCAACAACAAACUGGCUGAAUCGGAAAACGCAGCAGCGGAAAACUCCAACAACAUGAGUUGGGGCACAGAGCUAUGGGAUCAAAAUGAUAAUCUAGCGAUACACACAAACAGAGGCAUCGAUGCGCUGGACAAGUAUGCCAAUUUUCUGCGUGAUCGCGUGGCCAUAGAAACGGAAUAUGCCGGCAAAUUAAGGCGCCUAGUAAAAAAUUACCAGCCCAAAAAGAAGGAGGAGGAAGACAAUGAAUUUACAUCGAUGCAAGCGUUUCGCAAUCUGCUCAAGGAAGUGGGCGACCUGGCGGGACAGCGUGAAGUGGUGUCCGAGUCCCUGCAGCUACAGAUCAUACAGGGUGUGACGCUGCUAUCUAAAACGCUGCGCGAUGAUCGCAAGAAAUGCCUUAGCGAUGGUGCAAUGCUGCAACAGAACCUCACCACACAGCUCUCAUCGCUGGAGCGGGCCAAGCGGAACUACGAGAAGGCAUACAGGGACUCGGAGAAGGCUGUCGAUAACUACAAAAAGGCCGACAUGGAUCUCAAUCUGAGUCGUGCCGAGGUGGAGCGCUACAAGAACAUCAUGACGUCGAAGAUUCAGCAGUCGGACGAUGCCAAGAACGAGUACGCCAAUCAGCUGCAGAAGACGAACAAUCUGCAGCAACAGCAUUUUAGCAUCCUGCUGCCCGCUGUCUUGAGUCGACUGCAGGAGCUGGACGAGAAGCGCACCCGUGGCAUACGUGAGUUCAUCAUUGGGGCAGCGGAAGUGGAGUCCUCGGUGGCACCCAUCAUUGCCCGCUGCAUGGAGGGGAUUGUCAAGGCGGGAGAGUCCAUCAACGAGAAGGAGGAUUCAUUCAAAGUCAUAGAAAGAUACCAAUCGGGUUUCACGCCCCCAACGGACAUACCCUUCGAGGAUCUGUCCAAACUCGAUCCGGACUCCUUACAGGAUCACUACAGCAAUUCCAUGUCGAACCACCUGACGAUGCGAGGCACGAUGAGUGCCAACAAGAUCAAGAAACGCGUCGGCAUCUUCAACAUAUUCGGCAGCAACAAGCAACGGCAGAUAAUUGAAGCCUGUAUCACGAUGAAGAACUCCCUAACUGCGGACGGACAAAAGGAGGACUUCAGUGAUCUGCCACCGAAUCAGCAAAGAAAGAAGCUUCAGGCGAAGAUAGCGGAGCUGCAGCAGAAAAUUGCACAGGAGACGAAUGCCCGGGAUGGCCUGAUGAAGAUGAAAAUCGUCUAUGAGACGAACUCAUCGCUGGGCAACCCCAUGACCGUUGAGGGACAACUGAACGAAUCGGAACAUAAGCUGGAAAAGCUGAAAAUUGAUCUGAAAAAGUUUCAGGGCUACUUUGAGAGGGCCAAUCAAGCGCAGGUGGCCAACAAUAGUCCGCAGGCGAAUCGAAAUCAAUUACAGAACGGACACCGAACAUCGAGACAUUCCAAUGGCAGCGCCGAUGAUCAUCACGACGAGGGCGAUGACCAGCCUGACGAUGCUGGCAGCUUAAGCAGGUCAGGUUCUGAGGAUAAUGUGGCGCAAAUACAAAAUGGGCAUAAUAAUAACAAUAACGGCAGUUCGGCAAGUCCCGAGAGUGGCCUGGGCACGUCGCACACAUCUCUGCCUGGCUCUGGACAGGGAAGCGCCAACGAGAAUGCCAUUGGCGAGGAUGCGUACUUUGAGACGGAAGUGGAGCCCCUGCAGCCACUGGGCACAUGUCGAGCCCUGUAUCCCUUUGAAGCCUCCAGCGAAGGAAGCAUACCCAUGAACGAGGGCGAAGAGCUGCAGGUGAUUGAGAUCGAUCAGGGUGAUGGCUGGACGCGAGUGCGGCGUGCUAACGAUUCCAAUGGCUGGGACGAGGGCUUUGUGCCCACGAGUUACAUCGAGUGCACGCUAUACGCUUAGGCUUAAGAACUUAUGGACGGGCAAUCAGCCAGGCGGUUUUAAAUGUUAACUACUCAGCAAAAUUUGCAUAUGUUCCAUUCAUUUUGUGUACUUUUGUCAUACCUUUGCGUUCUGUCAGACAGCCAUAACACAACCCAUACUCCCCCCACAAACACACACACACACAAACACUACGCACAACCAUGUACAUUUUGACUUAAGCUAAGUUCGACUCCCAUUAACCCUCGGUUGCUUUGUAUAUUUACUUUAAUUUUAAACGUCAAUGAAUGUUCUUAUGGUAGUGCAAGCGAUAUCAUACUAUACCAUACUAUAGUCAAAUGCACCUACGAGCAGACCUCACCUAAUUGUAAGCACCGCAACGUAACGUUUCCCUCUUCACUGCAAAAAUCAUGAUUACACCUAUUUAUAUACAUAUAUAUGAAAUCAGAUUUAUAUGGCACUUGAAUAUGUGAGAACAUGAUAAACCAAAAUUGAAACUUGACUCGAUAAUAGGCUUGUGAACAUAUUUCAAAAUAAUCAUACAUCAUUUCGGAAUGCGUUUAUGAUACAUAUUUUCAUUCACGGCCUUGGCCUCGGAAGCAUCUGCCGCUCUUCGCACUGACCAAGAAGAGGGGCAGACUGCGUUUCUGUAGCACUCUUGUAGCACUAAAACUUUGGUAAAUAUGCAAAGAUCAGAAUGGGAGUUGAAGAGAGAGUCGCCCCCUAGAACAUCGACUAUACAAGAACAACACCCAUUCAUACAGACACACACACACACACACACACAACUCAAGGAUAGGUAUAGCAACAGUUAUGGCAAUCCUGCAUGACAUGCGGCAUAUGCAAUGCGAAAGCGGAGAACGCGCUAGCUUGUUUAUAUAAAUAGCAACAUUUGUACAUUUUACUUUACACACUAUGGAUAAUGCCUAAUUUUAGUUUGAAGAUAACUUUGUAUUGCCUAAUUUUAGUUUAAAGAUAACUUGUAUUGCUCUUUGCCUUGUACAUUUUCACAUAAUAUGCUUAAUCCUAUGCGCAUCGAAGGAAGCGAGAGCGAGAACCAGAUUGAUUUGAAUAAUGCAGCAAGUAAUUAUGUUUUAGAGACUCCUAGACGUUUAAGUUCACAACAUUUAAGGCUUAAGUCAAAAGCAAAGCCGGGCGGCGCUGCAUUUGUUAUGUUCAACGCCACUUUGCAAUACAUUUAUUUAUAAUUUACGAAAAAAAAAUGCUACCGUCUAAUGGUAAACCACAAUCAAAAACAAAAACAGGCCGACCAGGCAGAGUGAAUUAGAUUUUUAGUUAGGUAUUCAACAGCCUUUUCCAUGUGUAUUUUCUACUUUCAUUUCGCAUAGACAUAAGUGUGCAUACCACUGAAACUGAUGAAUUGUGUUCCAAACAAUUCCAAAAUUCUUAAAUUUAUCUAAUUUUAAAUUCGAACCGAAACAGGCACAUACGUAUUGCGCGAAAAUUGAAAUGAAUAAUGAGUUUAAGUGACAAAAUAUGGUAUAUCUAUGUGAGAAAUGUCAGCAUAAUAAAAAUAACUCAAAUAAA